AGAAGGAGGGGCUGUGAUGACGGUGUGUUGAAUUCUUGGGAGCAAAACCAUCAUUUGUUUACAAUUUCGUAGGCUCAGAGCUUCCAAGGAUGGAAGAUAACAAGAUGUACUAUGCAGUUGUAUGAUUGCCUGCUGACCGAAGUACAUGAGUGCUGUAAGAAGGGGUUAAGUUUGGCAAAACGCUUGAACAGUAGUUUGGCCUUCUUCUGUUAUGAUCUUCUAUUGAUUAUUGAACCUCGCCAGGUUUUUGAAUUGGUGUCGUUGUACCUGGACAAGUUUUCUGGAGCUUGCCAACCUCCUCUCCAUGAUUGCAAGCUCUCAUUUUUGCAGAUCAUAUGUGAUCAUGAUCUUUUUGUUGAAAUGCCUGGGAGAGACCCUUCAGAUAGGAACUACCUCUCAUCUGUCCUAAUUCAAGAGCUUUUCCUUACUUGGGAUCAUGAUGACUUGUCUCUACGUGGAAAGGCUGCUAGAAUUCUGGUGGUCCUUAUGUGCAAGCAUGAAUUUGAUGCUCGAUACCAGAAGCCUGAAGAUAAACUAUAUAUUGCACAACUGUAUUUUCCUCUUAUUGGCCAGAUUUUGGAUGAGAUGCCUGUUUUUUACAACCUUAAUGCUGUUGAAAAGCGUGAAGUUCUCAUAGUUAUUUUGCAAAUUGUGCGCAAUCUUGAUGAUGCAUCACUUGUGAAGGCAUGGCAGCAGAGCAUUGCACGGACUAGAUUAUUUUUCAAACUCAUGGAGGAAUGCCUAAGUCUUUUUGAGCACAGAAGGUCUGCUGAUGGCAUGCUUAUGGGUUCUAGUUCUCGUAGUCCUGUUGGGGAUGCACCUACUUCCCCUAAGUACUCUGAUAGACUUUCUCCGGCAAUCAACAAUUAUCUGUCUGAGGCAUCAAGACAAGAAGUCAGACCUCAGGGAACACCUGAAAAUGGAUAUUUGUGGCAAAGAGUAAAUUCUCAGUUAAGUUCUCCUAGCCAGCCAUAUUCAUUGAGAGAGGCUCUGGCUCAGGCACAAUCUUCUAGAAUUGGAGCUUCUGCUCAGGCUCUUAGAGAAUCUUUGCACCCAUUAUUGAGGCAAAAACUGGAGCUCUGGGAAGAAAACUUGAGUGCUUCUGUUAGUCUUCAGGUUUUAGAAAUUACUGAGAAGUUUUCCACAAUGGCUGCUUCCCAUAGUAUUGCUACAGACUAUGGAAAACUUGAUUGUGUCACAGCCAUAUUUAUGAGCUUCAUCUCUCGAAAUCAACCACUGGCCUUCUGGAAAGCUUUGCUACCUGUCUUCAACAGUGUAUUCAACCUUCAUGGUGCGACUCUGAUGGCAAGAGAGAAUGAUCGUUUCUUAAAACAAGUUACUUUCCAACUUCUUCAACGUGCAGUUUUCCGGAACGACAACAUUAGAAGAAGGGAUGUUGUUGGGCUCCAGAUACUUGUUAGGAGUUCUUUCUAUUACUUUAUGCAGACAGCCAGGUUGAGAGUCAUGUUGAUCAUUACAUUGUCAGAACUGAUGUCUGAUGUGCAAGUGACUCAGAUGAAGCCUGAUGGGACACUAGAAGAGAGUGGUGAAGCUCGGCGUCUUAGAAAAUCUUUAGAAGAAAUGUCAGAUGAAGAUAAGAGCCCCGGUCUGUUGAGGGAGUGUGGUCUUUCUGAGAGUGCGCUAUUGGCCCUCCCAGAAAAAAUGACAGAGAGCAAGUGGUCCUGGUCAGAUGUGAAAUAUCUCUCAGAGAGUCUUCUUCUUGCCCUUGAUGGUAGUUUGGAACAUUCACUUUUGGGAUCUAUGAUGACUAUGGAUAGAUAUGCAGCUGCCGAAAGCUUUUAUAAACUUGCCAUGGCAUUUGCCCCUGUUCCAGAUCUUCACAUAAUGUGGUUACUUCAUUUGUGUGAUGCACAUCAGGAAAUGCAAUCCUGGGCAGAAGCUGCCCAAUGUGCUGUGGCUGUUGCUGGGGUUGUAAUGCAGGCCCUUGUGGCUAGAAAUGAUGGUGUGUGGAGCAAGGAUCAUAUAACUGCUCUUCGUAAAAUAUGCCCAAUCAUUAACAGCCGAGUUGUCCCAUUACAUUCCUGCCAUUUUGUCAGAGCUGUGAUGCGAGUUGUUAAAACGUCGUGUAAUUUUCGUUUCCUCUAUAGUGUGGCAGCUUGAAAUGUGUUCAUAUCUUGUAUUUUCUUCUUUAAUCAUUUUUUUUAAAAGAAACCUUGUGGUGUUCCAUGUUUGUUCAUAUGUAACUUUGAUCUUUGUUAUGAAAAUUCACUAGAUGAGUAAUUUGUCCAUUUUGGGCCUUUGUAAAUUGUGACAUUUUACCUACGAGUAUGCAAGUUUAAUGAGGAAAUUAGGCUGUACAA